AUGGCAUCAAAACACGAAAAGCAAAGCGACGAAUGGACGCGGGCGAUCCUUGAAAGCAGAUACAAUGAUCUCUUCGAAGCAUACCAAGCCUUGGUGAACCCUUCAAGCAAGGAGUCUAGCCCCCUCCCGGACUCCGUAGUCGAAGACUUAGACGUCCAGAUCCGAACGGAUCGCGACCAUGGUGAGAUGGAUCAUGUCAAAAGACGACCUGAGGAAAUGAAUGAGGAUCUUGCGCACAAAGUCAGAAAGCUAGAGGACGAGACUCAACAGCUCAAAAGUGUGCCCCAAAACUCACAAAGCAGGAACCAAGAGCUGGAGGAAGAGAGAGAUCACCUCCAGGAAGAUAACAACGAUCUGGAGAAUCGUAACAAACACCUCGAGGAUGAUAUUCAAACUCAACAAAACAUAUUAGAAGAAGUUCUCGCUGAGAAUGACAGGAUGAGGGUCGAGUUGGAGGGUUAUCACGAAGCACGUGAUGCACCAGAGAUAGAGCAGUUGGCUAUCGUAAUGAAGCGUAAUGCGGACCUCGAGAAUCAACUAAAGCAGAUGGACGAAAUGAGCCGACGUAGUACGCCUCCAGGUGACAAUCAUGACCUCUACGACUCUCCGGGGUCGCCAAAUCACGCCUCGUCCCACAAUAGCGAAACAUACAACCCAAAGACUCUUGGUGAUACCAUUAAGUCAGAUCAGUCUCAACUGGAUACAACAGAUGGCGCCGACGCCCGACUAGAAUCGGAUGAUGAUUCCAGUCAGUCCAAGCAAUGGGAGGGCAAGCCCAAGGAAAAUAGCCCAGAGUGCCAAAAAUUGCGAAACGCCAUGAUGGACCAGGAACAAACAAUCGAGGAAUUGAAGAGUAUGAUUAGCAACCUUGAGGAUGAUCUCGAUAGCACCAUGAAUCAAAACUGCGAAUGGGAAAACGCGUGUUCGGACUGGGAAGCAAGAUAUGCAGGUCUUGACGCAGAUUGGCGAGAGAUGUACAACAAUCUUAAAAUGGAGUAUGCAAAACCAAUCAAAGCAGAAAUCGAUGCGAGAUCCGAGGUCAAGACCGGGGAAGACCCAGAAGAAGAACUCGGCCUAUGCAUAGAGAAAUACAAGGCCCUGGAAGAGGAAAAUUCCCUGCUUAGACAGCAGAUCAUAUCCAAAGACUCUCUCAGAGAGCAGACCCAAGAUUGCACACCCAUCAGCGAAACAUGCGUACAGAAAUGCCAAGAGUGGGAGGAGAAAUACAAUGACCUUGUUGCAGACUACGACGAGUUGAAGACGCAAAGGAAUCCCUACGAUCUAGAGUACAGGCUCGAACAAGCCCUUGCCGACAAGGAAAGUUUCGCAUACGAUCGCGAUCACUGGCACGCGAGAUACAUCAGUCUUCUUGCAGACUGCUCAUACGUCCAAGAGCAACACGAUUCCGCUGAUGUCGAAUCCCCCAGCCAGGCUGAGAAGGGGAACAAGCAUGUUGACGCCAUCAACCCCCACAAUGAGAGUGGCGAUGUCCAGGAAUCUUCUGACGCUGAAGAUGAGGAUGAUGAUGAUAAAACAUGUAGGAAGAGUUGUAAGCGAUGGGAGGCCAUGUUCAUAGAGUUGGAAGAGAAGUACGGAAGCCUUGUGACGGAAUGGACGGCGCUGAAGGCGAGAAAUCUCGAGUUGUUGGAUGAGAAUUUGGUGUGCUGGAGGAAGCAGGGUGUGCUGGGUCAGCGGCUUGACAAGUUGGCGGAUGCAGUACUCUCGUCAGUGAGGAGGGAAUGA